AUGUCUGGACGAUUGGAGGGAAAGGUUGCCAUUGUGACAGGCGCAGGCUCAGGAUUCGGCUACGGCAUCGCAAAGAAAUUCGUUGAGGAAGGUGCCAAUGUUAUCAUCGCAGAGCUGUCACAGGAGAGUGGAGAAAAGGCGGCAGAUGAGUUGAACAGCAAAUUCGUCUUCACCGAUGUGACGAAGCGAGAUUCCUGGGAGGCAUUGCUCCAGGCGACCCUUGAUGCUUAUGGGAAGCUGGACAUUGUGGUCAAUAAUGCCGGUGCGACGUACAGCAACAAGCCCACCGCUGAAGUCACAGAUGCCGACUUCGAUCUGUGUAUGAACGUCAACGUCAAGUCGAUCUUCCUGUCAGCCAGCGUGAUUGUCCCGUACUUUGUGGACAAUGACCGUCCCGGAUCAUUCAUUCAGAUCUCAUCGACGGCUGCGCUGCGUCCUCGCCCGGGUCUGACUUGGUAUAAUGCUUCCAAGGCAGCAGUAAGCAAUGCAACCAAGACCAUGGCGGUCGAGUAUGGGCCCAAACAGGUUCGGUUCAAUUGUGUUUGCCCUGUUGUUGGAAGUACAGGAAUGACACAUCUGUUUCUCGGAAAACCAGACACUGAGGAGAAUCGAGCAGCCUUCGUGUCGACUGUGCCACUGGGUCGUCCAAGCACUCCUCAAGAUGUCGCAAAUACAUGCUGCUUCCUGGCUAGUGAUGAGGCAGCGUUCAUUACCGGUGUAAACCUCGAGGUGGACGGUGGUCGCUGUGUCUGA